UCAUUGAUGAGGAUCCGCGACUCCGAGGCCUUAAAAUGUCUUUAUUUUAACAUUUAUAGCCAAAUAAUAUCCUGAGUGAUUACAGAUGAGACGACAAUCCACUUUUUCCAGUACAUGGUCGUGGUUUGAGUAUUUAUACGUGCUCUUUCAGGUAACAUGGCUGAUUAAAUUUUCAAGCAGCCAAAGUCUUCACGAUUCAAGGGCAGUGCCUCGCCCGGUGCUUCCCGGUAGCAGCGACAUCACCUCUACCCCUGCUGGCUCUGUCGCGGAAACAGACUCGAGUUGCUCUUCUCUUUCCAGUCCAUGGAAUAAUUUAGUGAAAAAACGGACCAUGGCAGAGGAAACUAAUGAAUGUUCUUCGGUACCUUCUACUGAAAAUGCAUUAGUACUGUAUAGUCCACCGAUUCUUGAGAGAUUUCAUCGGUCUGAAAGGACAUUUCAUCUAGCUAACAGGAAUUUCUCAAUCAAACAGAAUUGGGCAGAUUUUGGAGUUGCUGCUGUGGUCUGGGAUGCGGCAAUAGUUCUUUGUGAAUACUUGGAAGUUGAAACCAAACUGAAACGAUUGUCACUAGAAGGAAAGCGAGUAAUAGAGCUGGGAGCAGGAACAGGCCUAGUAGGCAUGGUUGCUUCACAUUUGAAAGGUCAUGUCACGAUAACGGAUAGAGCUUCCAUUUUCAAACCUCUCAGGAAAAAUAUUUUGUUCAAUUUCCCCACAUCGUCAUCAUCAUCAUCACUACCAGCUCCAUCUUCGACUACCGAUUCCUCUGUAUCCUCAAGCUCAAAUGCCAAUGCUCCAUCAGAAGUAAGUUCAACUUUUAAACCACGAUCAUAUUCUCCAAAAGUGAAAGUUUUAGAAUGGGGUCAGGACCUGCACAAGUUCUCCGAACCUUUUGACAUCAUUCUUGGAGCGGACAUUGUCUACAUCGAAGAUACAUUUCGGGAACUGCUUCAAACACUUUUGCAUCUUUCAAACAAGAACACUUUGAUCCUUCUUUCCUGCCGUAUCAGAUACAAGAGAGAUAAUAACUACUUGGAUAUGAUGAAGACAAAGUUUCAAGUUGAACACGUUUUUCAUGACAUUGAAAGGGGGAUUGAAAUUUAUUCAGCCAGGAAACUUUGACAUAUAUGGUGUAAAUCAGAAUUCGACUUAGUCUAUUUUACUAGAACCGAUGAAAUAACUUUGUUUUAUGGAAAGAAAAGAAAACGAUAGGCAGAGAAGAAGGUCGGGUAAAUCUUUUACUUGGGCAAAGAUUAAAUUCUUUUAUUUUUGCAAGGUUAAGAAUACUUUGUUGAACUGCCAAUUAAAGCAAUUGUCAUAUGUCAUUAAUAUUUACUGCCACUUAAAAUCAUUUGUUCUACUUUCUUAUAUACUGAAAAGUGCAAUGUAUUUCACAUUACAGUUAUUUCUGCAGUCUUUAUUGAUAUGAUUUACACAAGUGAAGAAGUAUAACAUUUGAAACCCAUAUCUGAAAAUGUUUAGAAAGGAAUUAGACAUAAGUUCUAUAAUGUAAACUCAGUAAACAAAAUUUGACAUUGAAUUUUCAAUUAACAUGUGAUGCUACAUGUAUCUAAACAGAAAUAAAUUGCUGUGAAAAUCAAUAUUUGAUGUUAUUUUAGGCACACACUUGCUGUAAUCUUCUGCCCAAUUUCCGUAAAUUUCAAAGCACUGGAUAGUCAUCCAUUCUUUGCAAUUUGCUGAAUACAUGUAAAUGUUAUUUUAUUUCACUUUGCAUAUUAUGUGGAAGAAUUAUGAUGUAUACUUUACGAAUUAGAAAAAGCAGAAAGAGAAAAGAAACUAAGAAAAGUGAUAAACAGAUUUGGGGAUGGGAUUUAUGAAUGUAUAGAAAGAUAGAGAGAAAGAAUGAGAGAUGCUUCACGGACGAGCAUAAAUGACAAUUGAGAGAUUUUUUUAAAUUUGAAUAAAUCACAAAGCUAACACACACAAUACACAAACUGAAUUAAAAACAUGUUUUAUUACAAACAUCUUGGAUAUUACAAAAGAAAGGUAUAAAAAUAUGUAUCAAAACUAUACUUUAAUGUUGUAUAUCAAAAAUAUACAUUGUCACAAUCUGAAUAUUAAAAAUUUGAUCAUAAAAAUGUCAGCCAAUGAAUGCGACAUGAAUGUGUAUUUCCCAUCUAUGUUUUUGGUAAUACUGAACUGCUUGAAUGUAAAUAAAAAUACUGUUAGUUAUUUUUAGAUUAAUAAAUAAUGAUUAUAACACUUCUGUGUUUAUAAUAAAUUACAAACAAAUAUAAUCCACACAAAUUUAUUCACACACAUUGUGAAGUAUUGUUAUUCUCUACGUUUACUGCAUGAAUUCCUAAUACUUGCCUGUUCAGCACAAUAUGCAUUUUGAUCAAAAUGCACCCUAGCUUAAACUAAUUCAACAUUCUAAAUAACACUAUUUUGUACAGGAACAUUUUUUAAAAACUAAUGAAUUCUAUUUUAUCAAGUUUAUACAUGUAAUCUAUUGCACUAAACAUGUCUCAAUAUCAUUGGUUUUCAUGAAGUGUCCAUAUAAAAAAGCAAACAAUUGGCUUUAAAUAUAGUGAACAAGACAGUAAAAUGUAGUCUCACUCAAUUCCUUAGAUGUCGUACAAUCACAGCUCGCCAGGCUCCGCAAAACAAUACAAAAGUUGACACUUUGUGCAAAUAU